AUGUCGCGCGGGAUGACCGCGCGCGCGAUCUCGAGCGUGCGACGCGAAACGGCGACGGGGGCGAGACGCGCGAGACGCGGGCGAGGGGUGACGCGCGCGACGACGGAUACGGCGCGACCGGUGCCGAAGGUGAUCAUCGAUAAUAAGAGCGAUGCGUUCGCGACCGUGCUCGAGGUGACGUUCGGGACGUACCUCGGCGAGCUCGUGGAUACGAUCGCGGCGUUGAAGAAUCUCGGGUUGGACAUCAACCGCGGCGAGGUCACGAUGGGCGGGGACGAGAAGACGUCUCGGUUUUACGUCCUCGAUCGUGACACCGGAGAAAAGGUGACGAAGAGUGAACGUCUGGAGGAGAUUCGCCAGACGGUGCUGACGAACAUGUUAGCCUUCCACCCGGAAUCCGCCGAGUUUAUCCAAGCCAAGGCGCCGACGCGCGCGGGCGCGAACGACUCUCCGCUCGGUAAGGUUCGGUCCACGGUGGAAACCGGGAUCAAGUGCACGGCUGAGAAAUACCACACCAAGCUCGACAUUGAAACGACCGAUCGUCCGGGUCUCUUGGUUGACGUCGUGCGCACGCUCAAGGAUUUGAGCCUGUGCGUCGUGAGCGCCGAGGUGGACACCAUCGGCAACAAGGCGAAGGACAUCAUUUACAUCACCCAUCGCGGUGGUCCGCUCUCGCCGGCGAUGGAACAACUCGUCGUUAACUCCCUCACGUACUACCUCUCUUUGACCGAGGAGGAAUCUUACUAG